AUGGCGCCUCUCCAAAAUGGGUACACCAACGGUGCACUCACGGAGCAGAGCAUGCUAACAAACUACCGCUUCUCUGAUAUUCCCUCCGCCAUCGACAUCCCCGCCUCCACCUUCGAUAGUGAAGUCGAAAUCAGUCUUGAAGAGCUUCCCGACGAUCCCACCGAGCUCUGCACCCUCCUCGACAACGAAAAGGCCGCAAAGAACUUCUGGGUCAUUAUCGCGCUCGCAUACGCGAAACAAAACCAAAUCGAUCAUGCCAUCGACAUUCUCAAUCGCGGCCUCUCGUCCCUCGCGCAGGGCGUGACGAAGGAGAAGCUGGGCCUCCUGGGAUGGAUAUGUUGGCUAUACAUGCUAAAGAGCAGAGAGGCUCCCCGUGUCGCUCCGGAAGGUCAACUGGUGUCUGAGGCGAAAACCAAAGAUUAUUAUCUCCAGGCUGCUACAUCUACUCUAAACGAGGCAUCGCGGUUAAAUCCCGCAUUCCCUCCUCUUUUCCUCGCACGGGGCGUUUUGUCGAUAUUGCGCGCUUCGUUACAACCUCCCGCAAAAACUCUAAGACCCGGGACAGUCGAUACUUCGGAACGAGUAGAGUCCUUGCGCCAGGCCCUUAAAUGCUUCGAUGAGUCGGCAAAAUCGUUCGGUAACCGGAAUAUCAUGGCCAUUCUUGGGCGGGCGAGGGCGCAAUAUAUGCUAGGUAGAUAUGCGGAGGCACUAGAAGGUUAUCAGGAAGUUCUGAUAAAAAUGCCGAAUAUGAGAGAUCCGGAUCCGCGGAUCGGGAUUGGGUGUUGUCUAUGGCAACUAGACUUCAAGGAGCAGGCCAAGACGGCUUGGAGUCGUGCUUUAGCUCUGAAUCCGGAAUCAAAAGUUGCCAAUAUCCUUCUGGGAGCUUACUAUCUCUAUGACAGUUCUCGACACGCAACCAACGACCCCGCUUUCGGCUCGUUGUACAAAAUCGCAAUGACGCAGUAUACACAGAAAGCAUUUAAGCUGGACAAGGAAGACCCCAUGACCUGCGCCAUGUUUGGCGGCUACUUCCUGCUCCGCAAACAUUUCCCAACCGUCGAAGCGCUAGCCCGCAAAGCGAUCGAACUUACUGAUGUUAACGCGAUUGCUAGUGACGGAUGGUAUUUACUUGCACGAAAGGAGCAUUUUGAGGACAACGCAGCAAGAGCCAACGAGUAUUACAACAGGUCAGACCAGGCGAGAGGGGGUAGCGAUAAGGGAUAUCUGCCCGCGAAAUUUGGCGCUGUACAAAUGCAGGUGAAGACCGGUGACUAUGACGGCGCCAAAUUUCGUCUAGAAAAGAUCAUUCAGCAGACGAAGAAUCCAGAGUCAAUGACGCUGUUAGGCGCGCUCUUUGCCGAGGAAGUGUUUGCAGCACAGUCUAGCCAGCUUAAGGAGGAUAAGUCGGCUGAAGUGAAGAAAGCUACCAGCCUCCUCGAGUCAGUACGUGCGUCGUGGAAAGAUGAGAAGAAAAAGCUUUCCCCUGAUGAGUCUGUUCUACUUUAUCUUGCGCGGCUGUACGAGAGCGGUUCACCGGAUAAGAGCAUGCAAUGCCUGCAGCAAGUCGAGCAGAUGCAACUGGCUCAGAUCCCAGACACUGAGCGGCCUGAGGAUAUCGAUGACGAAGAGACCGUAAAGAACAUGCUCCGGGAAAAUUUGGCUCCUCAGCUGCUGAACAAUAUGGGCUGCUUUUUGUAUCAUUCUGAGAAGAUUGAACUUGCACGGAACAUGUUUCAAACCGCCCUCAAUGCUUGCGUAAAGUCUCGUGAUAGAGAUGAUUCUACCGAUACAGAUGCACUUGUGACUACGAUUAGUUAUAACCUCGCCAGAACUUAUGAAGCCGCAGCUAUGCCGGAGGAAGCGAAAAAGGUCUACGAAGGUCUACUCGAAAGGCAUAGUGAUUACACGGAAGCCAAUGCCCGAUUGACGUAUAUUGCUCUCCGCCAAAGCCCAACAGAUGAAGGGCCGAAGAAAAUGGCCAAAUUAUAUGAGCUGGAAUCUACAAAUCUGGAAGUCCGCGCUCUGUUCGGCUGGUACCUGAGCAAAUCGAAAAGAAAGGUGGCAAAUAUCGCCGAAGACCAUGAACAACGUCACUACAAGCAUACCCUUCAGGGCUACGAUAAACAUGAUAGGUACUCGCUUACAGGAAUGGGCAACAUCUACCUCCUUGCCGCUCGAGACAUGAGACGUGAUACGGAGCAGGAUAAAGAGAAACGAAGGAAGGUGUACGAGAAGGCUGUGGAGUUUUUCGACAAGGCGCUACAGCUUGAUCCGAAGAAUGCUUAUGCGGCGCAGGGAAUUGCUGUUGCGCUAGUGGAUGAUAGAAAGGAUUACACGACUGCGGUACAGAUAUUCUCGCGCAUUCGAGACACUUUGCGUGACGCUAGCGUCUACCUUAAUCUUGGGCAUGUAUAUGCCGAGCUUCGGCAAUUUUCUAGAUCCAUUGAGAACUAUGAGGCCGCUCUAUCUAAGGAUAGACAACGCGAUACCCAGAUCCUCGCAUGUCUCGGCCGUGUCUGGCUGUUGAAAGGGAUGCAAGAAAACAACCUGGCGGCAAUGAAUACCGCCUUGGAUUGUACACAACGCGCUCGCGCCAUUGCUCCCGAGCAAAUCCACUUAGAAUUCAACGUCGCUUUCGUCCAAAACCAGAUCGCCCUACUUGUCAUUUCUCUCCCGGAAUCCCAGCGGACACUCCAAGACGUCCAAGCCGCCUCCGACGGUCUCGACGAGGCGAUCAAUACCUUCAUCCAAAUCGCUAAAGCCAAGCAUCCACCUUAUCCCCGUAGUUCCUUGGAGCAGCGCGCGAACAUGGGCAAGAAUACCAUCCGCAAAAAACUCGAGCGGACGCUACAGAGCCAGAAGGAGUACGAGGAGAAGAACGCGACGAAAUUACAGCAGGCGCGAGAGGCGCGGGAGGCUGAGUUGCGGAGACGCGAAGAGGAGAAGCGGAAGAAGGAGGAGGCUGAGUUGGAGCGGAAGAGGCAGAUUGCUGAAGACAGGCAGCGGUUGAUUGAGGAGGCGCAGCGCGUUGCUGCGAUACGUGCGGAAGAAGAGAGGGCUAGGGAAGAGGCAGAGUAUACCACCGACUCUGAGACGGGGGAUAAGGUGAAGAGGAAGAAGAAGGCGGCUGCUAGUAAGCGGAAGAAGAAGGAUGGGGAGGAUAGUGGCGCCGGGAGGAAGUCGAAGGAUCGGAGCACGGGCCCGGAGAGUGGGGUGGAUUCUGACGCGGAGGAUCAACCUGCGCCACGGAAGCGUAGACGCCUUGAGAGACGGUCUACUGCUAGGUCUAGUAAGUACAAGAGCAGUGAGAUCGUGGUUGAGUCGGAGAGUGAGGAGGGUGAAGAAGGUGCAGAGGUCGAGGCCGGGGGAGCGAAUGGGGCUAGUCAUGACGUUGGGUCCCCCGUCUCGGAUCGCGAUGAGGAUGAGGAUAUGCGUGGUUCUGCCGCUGCUAGACGAGAUUCCGAGGAUGAGGAUGAGGAUGCCGUUGUUCAACGGCGGCGGAAGAAGGUAACUCUUCGCAUUGAGGAUGAUGAGGAUGAAGAGGAGGGAAGUGAGGAGGAGAGUGGGGCGAAUAGGGCGAGCUCUGCCUCACCCGCUGAGGAGGCUAAUGACGAGGAUGAUCUUUUUGGAGAUAGGAGCGGAGAUGAGGCUGUGGACAGGGCUGGUAGUGAUAAGGAAGGGGAUGGAGGUAAAGAUACGGAGAUGAAGGAUCGCGCCUAUGAGGAUGAUGAUGAAGAGUAG